GAGGCUCACCAAAGCCAUCAAUAAUAUGGCGGCCGUUUAUGUUGGGCCCUGAAAGAAGUGUCUGUCUUUCAGCAUGGAUUUUGAAUUCAAACUGAAAACGAAUGAGCAGAGGGAAAGAGUAGAGGAUAAAUUUGAUUUUGAAGGCUGCAAAGUAGGUCGAGGAACUUAUGGGCAUGUUUACAAAGCUAAACAAAAAGAUUGUCCAAAUGGGAAAUAUUUCGCCCUUAAGCAGAUCGAAGGAACUGGGAUCUCGAUGUCAGCUUGCCGCGAGAUAGCACUUCUCCGAGAGUUGAAGCAUCCGAAUGUGAUUGCAUUGCAACGCGUUUUCCUUUCCCAUGCCGAUAGAAAAGUUUGGCUUCUUUUUGAUUUUGCAGAGCACGAUCUGUGGCACAUCAUCAAAUAUCAUAGAGCAUCCAAAGCCCAAAAGAAGGCUGUUCCUGUUCCUAAAGGGAUGGUUAAGUCUUUGCUUUAUCAGAUCUUGGAUGGCAUCCAUUAUCUUCAUUCUAACUGGGUUCUGCAUAGAGACUUGAAACCAGCUAAUAUCCUUGUUAUGGGUGAGGGGCCAGAAAAGGGAAGAGUGAAGAUUGCUGACAUGGGAUUUGCCAGGCUGUUCAAUGCUCCAUUAAAACCACUUGCUGAUCUGGAUCCAGUAGUGGUUACAUUCUGGUACAGAGCCCCUGAGUUACUGCUUGGUGCUAGACAUUACACAAAAGCUAUAGAUAUAUGGGCAAUAGGAUGUAUUUUUGCUGAGUUGUUGACAUGUGAACCAAUAUUCCAUUGUCGCCAAGAAGAUAUCAAGACAAGCAAUCCAUAUCACCAUGAACAGCUGGAUAGAAUUUUUAACGUGAUGGGAUUUCCACAAGAAAAAGACUGGGAGGACAUUAGAAAAAUGCCAGAACAUGGUACACUGCAAAAAGACUUCAGAAAAGCUAAUUAUGUCAAUGCAAGUCUAUGGAAAUAUAUGGAGAAACACAAAGUCAAACAAGAAAGUAGAGCCUUUCAACUGCUGGCUAAAUUAUUAGUAAUGGACCCAAACAAAAGAAUCACCUCCGACCAGGCUUUGCAAGACCCUUACUUCAAAGAAGAGCCGCUACCAACACCAGAUGCCUUUGGAGGAAUGACGAUUCCUUAUCCUAAACGAGAAUUUCUUAAUGAUGAUGAUAGCGAUUCCAAAUCCAGCGCUGCAAAGACUAACCCAGGCAAGCAAGAGAACUCGGACACUAACGGACAGCCGAGUGCUAAAAGAGUGCGCGUUGUCUCUGCGCAUACCAAUGAACAGUUUCAGCAAAAGCAACAGUCGUUCCAAUUCCAAGGACAAAAUAAUCAACAGACUCAGUCCUCUGGCGCCCAGCAGCCGAGUCACGUGGGGCGGUUCCUUCAUCAGCAGUUUCCAACAAACAACACUCAGAACCAGUCUACCCCAACCAACAGGCAAUUCUGAAUUAACAUAAUGAAUUGAUUUCUUGGAGAGUUUUUUCUUGGUCAUUUUCUACUUAUAACUGUGCCGUUUGCUGUCAAAAUGGGUCAUAUCUCUUACUUACUUCUUCUCCCUCAACUUACACUUGUUUAUAAGGAUCUUUAAAAAAUAUAUUCCUGUUGCUCUGUACAAAUGAAUAAAAUUGUUAAAGAUGUUUGUUAUGA